AUGAGUUCUCAGCAGCAGAAGCAGCCCUGCACCGUACCCCCUCAGCUGCAGCAGCACCAGGUGAAGCAGCCUUGCCAGCCUCCACCCCAGGAACCCUGUGUCCCCAAAACCAAGGAGCCCUGCCAGCCCAAGGUGCCGGAGCCCUGCCAGCCCAAGGUGCCAGAGCCCUGCCAGCCCAAGGUGCCGGAGCCAUGCCAGCCCAAGGUGCCAGAGCCCUGCCAGCCCAAGGUGCCGGAGCCAUGCCAGCCCAAGGUGCCAGAGCCAUGCCAACCCAAGGUGCCGGAGCCCUGCCAGUCCAAGGUUCCACAGCCCUGCCAACCCAAGGUGCCUGAGCCCUGCCAGCCCAAGGUGCCUGAGCCAUGCCAGCCCAAGGUGCCGGAGCCCUGCCAGCCCAAGGUGCCGGAGCCAUGCCAGCAGAAGACAAAGCAGAAGUGAUGUGAUCCACAGCCACACCCAUGAAGAACCAGCCCC